GUAUGAGUCUGGUUCCCUGGAGAGUGGAGAUUACCCUCCAACUCAAACAGCAUAGCAUAAAAUGCGAAAUCUUUGUUCCCAGUUGCAAAACCCUUAAACCCCUUCCACGCCAUGAAGUCCCUUCUCAACCCAAAGUUCUCAGCUUUAUCUCCCAAAGCUUCUCCUUUUGCUCUGUUCUCACUUCCUUCUUCUCGAUUCUCCUUCCGCAGCAACCCGCGUCGAAUCCCCAAUCGUCUUCUUCGCCUCAACCCAUCACCCUGUUCGUCCAAUAAUUUCUGUUGCACCAUUCAAAAUCGAAGUUUGCAAACGGAGCCCUCGCCGCCUCCCUCCGGCGAGAUUCACGUCAUUGUGGGGCCCAUGUUCGCCGGAAAAACCACAUCGCUCCUUCGUCGGAUUCAGUCGGAAACCACCAACGGCAGAAAUGUAGCAAUAAUUAAAUCAAGCAAGGAUACAAGAUAUGGAUUAGACUCAAUUGUUACACACGAUGGUGCAGAAUUACCAUGUUGGGCACUGGAAAACUUAUCUUCAUUCAAGCAGAAGUUUGGAAUUGAUGCUUAUGAGAAGCUGGAUGUGAUUGGUAUUGAUGAAGCUCAAUUCUUUGAUGACCUUUAUGAAUUCUGUCUUCAAGCUGCUGAUCAUGAUGGAAAAACAGUAAUAGUUGCUGGACUAGAUGGUAACUAUUUGAGGAGGAGCUUUGGUUCCGUCCUUGAUAUAAUUCCCCUUGCUGAUUCAGUAACCAAGUUAACUGCCAGAUGUGAAAUCUGUGGGAAGCGUGCUUGCUUUACCCUGAGGAAGACACAGGAUAAGCAGAUUGAGCUGAUUGGUGGUGUUGAUGUCUACAUGCCUGUGUGUCGCCAGCACUAUGUCAGUGGACAGGUAGCCAUGGAAGCCACAAGGCAUGUCCUUGAAUCUCACAAGGUUGAAUGUGCCUCCCAUACAUAAGCUGCUCCACAUUUCUUAGCGGUUACGUACAUGCCUAGUGUUUAUUCAUGGUUGUGCCAUAUCUUAUAUUGAAAGAAACGAGUAGGUUAUUUUUCAAUGUCAAUUUAGUUUCAAUGUUUGAUUCUAAAUUGAAAGCUAGUAUUGAUUUGCUCCAUUUUAUGGACUUGGAUUAAAUAGUUCAGAGAAGAGACGAGGGCCAGGGAGUAUGUAACGCCCUUCUUCACAUUGAUGUAUGUUUUGUUUAGAUUGAGGUUUGGUGUAGCUCGGGACUAUAUAUAAAUGUGGAUUAAAUAUUAAUCAAUCUGAAAAAUAUGUUUAGUAGGCUAUGUAA